UGCACAGGCUCGUGAACCCGGCCCGGCUGCAUCUGCACCUCCGGCAGCCGUUGAGCGCUGCCUCCGCGCCGUCGCGCUCCGCCGGAGAUCGCCCGCUGCCCCUGCGCUCGGCGGUGGCUCUGGCCCUCCUCGGCUUCAGAGAUGGCGCUGGAGGAAGAGGGGCUCCAGGGAAGGGACAGCUCUGCCGCCCAGGCCCGUCUGGAGGGCCUCUUCCUCCCUGGCCAGAGUGCCGACGAGCGGGGCGAGUUCUGGUCCUUCUCGGACCGCCUCCAGCGCUUCCGCAGCCUGAGGAAGGGGCCGCAGUGGCUGAAGGGGGCCGAGCCGCCAGGGCCUGAGCGCAGCAGCAGGAGUCCGGCAAGGCCGCCUCGGCAGUAUGACCCCCGGAGCCGCAUCAACCUGCAGCUGCCCUCACGGGCGGUGCCCGGCGUGUCCUCCGCGCAGGUGCAGGAGUUCUGCUGGACUUUGCUGCAGUUCUUGGACUUCCGCCAAAAGCAGAGCUUCGCCCGCCUGGCGCGGUUGCAGCGGGAGCGGGCCGCCCUGCCCAUGGCCCGCUAUCGGGAGCCAUUGCUCCGGGCCCUGGCAAGCAGCCAGGUGGUCGUGGUGGCUGGGGACACAGGCUGUGGCAAGUCCACCCAGGUGCCCCAGUACCUUCUGGCCGCUGGUUACACCCACGUGGCCUGCACUCAGCCCCGGCGCAUCGCCUGCAUUGCCCUGGCCAAGCGCGUGGCCUAUGAGAGCCUGCAGCAGUAUGGGGACCAGGUUGCCUACCAGAUCCGCUUCGAGAGCACGCGCUCGGCAGCCACGCGGAUUGUCUUCCUGACGGAAGGGUUGCUCCUGCGCCAGGCCCAGCACGAGCCCAGCCUGCCCGGCUACAGCGUGCUGAUCGCUGAUGAGGUGCAUGAGCGCCACCUGCACGGCGACUUCCUUCUGGGUGUCCUGCGUGGUUUGCUGCCUGCCCGGCCCGACCUCAAGCUGGUGCUCAUGUCCGCCACCAUCAACAUCAGGCUCUUCACAGACUACUUUGGCGGUGCCCCCGUGGUGCAGGUUCCUGGGCGGCUUUUCCCCAUCACGGUCCUGUAUGAGCCCAUCCGGCCGGAGGAGAGUACCAGUGGCCGCAAGGAGCGGUUGGACCCACGACCCUUCCUGCGAGUCCUCCAGGCCAUCGAUCACAAAUAUCCUCCUGAGGAAAGGGGAGACUUGCUCAUCUUCCUGAGUGGUGUGGCUGAGAUUGGGGCCGUGGUCGAGGCGGCACACACCUAUGCGGCCCACACACAGCGCUGGGUGGUCCUUCCUCUGCACAGCACCCUCUCCGUGGCCGAGCAGGACAAGGUGUUUGACAUGCCCCCCCCGGGCGUCCGCAAGUGCAUCGUCUCCACCAACAUCGCUGAGACGUCGGUGACCAUUGAUGGCGUCCGGUUUGUUGUCGACUCGGGGAAGGUGAAAGAGCUCAGCUAUGACCCCAAGGCCAAGCUGCAGCGGUUGCAGGAGUUCUGGAUCAGCCGAGCCAGCGCUGAGCAGCGCAAGGGCCGUGCAGGCCGAACGGGGCCCGGCGUUUGUUACCGGCUCUACGCUGAAUCGGACUAUGAUGCUUUUGCCCCGUACCCAGUGCCGGAGAUCCAGCGGGUAGCCCUGGACACCUUGGUUUUGCAGAUGAAGAGCAUGGGACUGGGCAACCCCCGGGCCUUCCCCUUUCUGGAGCCUCCCCCGCGAGCUAGCCUGGAGAUGGCCAUGGGCUGCCUGAAGCACCAGGGCGCGCUGGACGCGGAAGAGGCCCUCACACCCAUCGGGAGCCUCCUGGCUGAGUUGCCUGUGGACGUGGUGAUCGGGAAGAUGCUGGUCCUGGGGACCCUCUUUGGCCUGGCCGUGCCCACUCUGACCGCCGCUGCCAUCCUCAGUGUGCCCUCCCCGUUCCUGCGUAGCAGCAGCGGGCGCAGCGACCCCGACUGUGCCACCGCCCGGCGAACACUGGAGAGCCCGCUGGGGGACCCACUGACGCUGCUGAAUGUCUUUGACGCCUGGGUGCAGGAGAAAUCGGGGAACUCCAGGGGAUCUCGCCGUUGGUGUCGACGCCGCGGCCUGGAGGAGCACCGGCUCUACGAGGCAGCGAACCUGCGGCGCCAGUUCCAGGAGCUCCUCCGGGACCACCAGUUGCUGGAACCUGCUGCCCGGGCCAGAGACUCCCACACGCGGCAGAGCCGGCACCGGGAGCGCCAGGAGCUGUACCGGCUCAAGCGGGAGCACGAGCAGGGCGAGGGGCGGCGGCGGAAGGUGCUGCGGCUGUCUGAGCAGGAUGCAGAGGGAGGGUCUUCCUCGGAGGACGAACAGGAGGCCAGAGGCAGCCUGGACAUCCAGGAUGUGAAGUUUCAGCUGCGGCAUGACAUGGAGGAGCUGCAGGCUGCCUCGUCCCUGGGCCAGAAGCUCUCGCCUGGCCGGCUGGCCCUCCUGCAGCUAGUCUUGGGCCGUGGGCUCUACCCCCAGCUGGCCAUUCCCGACCCCUUCAACAAGGCCCGGAAGGACUCGGAGCAGAUCUUCCACACCAAGGAGAAGGUGGGUGUCGUCCUGCAUCCCUCUAGCGUGUUCACCAAGAUGCCCGAGCUGCUCCAUCCGGGGCAGGAAAGGAGCUCCAAGCCGGGAGAGCACAAAGAGGCUGAGCAGAUGACGAGCAGCCGGCACCAGAUCCUGGCAUUUGUCUCGCUGCUGGAAACCAACAGGCCCUACCUGGUGAACUGUCUGCGCCUUCCUGCCUUGCAGGCCCUGCUGCUGCUGGCACAGUCCUUGGACACCAACGCGGAUUGCACAUGCGUCGUGGCCGACUCGUGGCUGGAGCUGCAGAUCCCCUCCGUGGAGGCAGCCGUGCGGGCAGUCAGCACAGCUCUGCGCCUCCGGGGCUCCUGGGAGAAGGUCCUGGACCAGCAGCUGGAAAGCCGGGCUGGCCCAGGCCCAGGCCCAGGCCCAGGCCCAGAGACGGGAGCUGAGAAGGAGCCACCCAGUGCCCAGGAGGUGCACCGGCUCACUCAGGAGUUGCUGCAGUUUCUGAGCACAGAGGUGCCGCACAGCCUCCGGCGACUGACUCCCCUGGAGCGCGAGAGCCUCUACGUGGGCCCACAGACGGUGGCUGCAGGAGCCGCAGGUCUCCCUCCCCUCCUCCGAGGGGUAGAGAUGGUCCCCAAUGAGGUGAAGGGGGGCUACAGCAUUGGCAGCUUCUUGACCUUCAACUGCCUGGCGGGCGAAGGCGACCUCUACAGGGACUGCCUGCGCAGCUUCUGGACCUGCCCGCAGUGUGGCCUUUACAUGCCCUUCACCCCCCUGGAGCGAAUGGCCCACGAGGAUGCAUGCCAGUCACUGGGCCCACAGGGGGAGCACAGCCCCGAAGGCCUCGCCCGCGAUGCCCCCGGACCCACUCCUGCUGCCUCCCCGUUGCGGCAGCCGUACUCCUGUGCCGACUGCCAGCAGAGCCUUCUUCUCACCCCCACCGAAAUCCUGCGCCACCGGAAGCAGCACCAGCACCGCCAGUGAGAGCGACGCAGGACUCGGGACGGAUAGGGAAACCGUGGCACCCUCAGCGGGGGCUGCACCUGGUGAGAGGAGGCACCGGCCUGACAGAGCCUUACCGGGACUCCUCCUGUCUGGGGGAUUUGGCCCUGGUGUCACUGGUUCUGCAUCCUCUUGCAGGCAGGCGGGCUGCCUGUCUGCAGCGGCACCCCAAGGCCUGGCGGGGCAGGUACUGAUUUAUCCAGGUGAUUAAAAAAAUGCAUGGAUGCAACCAGUCCCACCGCCCUGGCCUGUCCUGGCUCCUCUGGGGCCUCCCUGGGGGGAGUGGAGCGGCUGGAGGGUUCCACUGGAUCGGCCGAAGGGGCGAGGCGGCUCGGGGCAGUCCGCGUGUGCCUGGGACAGGUGAUGCCUGCCAGGGCCAAGGCUCAGGCCUGCAGUCCCCCGAACCUGAACUCGGGCGUCAGGUGCGCGCCUCCCAGGUGGACUGCUUGGUGGCAGAAGGCAGGGCUGCUCGGCUGUCCUCUCGUGAGCCUGAGUCUGCAGCGGAUGGAGCAGGAGGGGGCCCGGGGCCCUGCUAGCCGGAAGGGCGUUUCUCCCCACUGUGGAGGGGUGUGGGGCGUUCGGCCCGGGCCCCCGGGGGCUCUGCUUUGCUGGGCUGUCACUCCAAGCCUCAGUGAACAGCAGCCCAGCUCAAGGGAGCGAGGCCCCGGGUUGGUUGCAUGGCCGGCAUCGUAACGGGCUGAAUUUUAAUAGACACAAUUAAAAGCGGUUCUUCUCGGCACAUUUGCCAAGUGUGUCGUGUGCAGUACGCACCUGAGAGCCGCCUGGGUGGAGCUAGAGGCCCCCCUGUGAGCGCGCCACACGGGGGACCUCCCCUGGCAGGAGUGGGCGCUUCGCCUGGGAACAGCCGCCUCCACCACCUGCGUCUGGUAGCACUGCCACGGAGUGCUCUUCUCUGUUCGGGUAUAAAUGUAUCAAUAGGACCUUCCUAUAUAUAUUGCUUCAUUCGGUCUGCUGAAAUUAAGCUUUUUAUAAGCAGGUCUGAAAAGAGAAGUUUGAACUGAUCGUGUAUUUUUUCUCCAUAGAAGGAAUUCCACUCUCCUUCUUUGCCUUUGUUUUAUCUCUUUUCCAUUUGCAGUAUCAUAAACAUCUUCCAGGCUUAUUUGCUUGUUCAAAGUAUUUUUGUUUUUUAAAAAAGUUUCUUCUGCACUUCCUCUAUCUCUAUCAGAUUUACUUGAUUUCUUCAUUAUCCAAGUUCAAUUAAAAUGAUUCGUUUAAAGACUUCUUAUGACAGUCCUCUGAUAUUUGUAUUCUUUCGAGGAGCUGUGUAGUUUGUUCUAGUUUUUCUCUUUUCUUCUUUGAGGCCAUUGCUAUUAAAUUCCCCCUCAUACAUGCGCCCCUGGCUUUCACACGGUUGUUAUGGAGACAUCAGCUGCAUUAUUCGAUCCAAAGGCUCCUUCACAUUUCUUCAGUAUAUCGUUUUGUAUUAGGAGGCUGUCAUUCAAUCUCAUCUUCCAGCUCCCAGUUGCUUAUCUUGACAGAAAUUUCUAAUGGGUGGUGGUCUGAGAGUAUCUUAGAUUGAGUCCUUGCAGUCUUUUAAGUUCAAGAUGAAAGUUUCGAUAUCCAGCACAUAUCUAUCCUUGAAUAUCUCUGAUGUGUAUCCGAGAAAAAGGAGUAAUCUCUUGUUUUUAGAUUUUGAAAUCUCCACGCACCUUCCAGGCACUAUUACCAUAUAGCUGAAAACAUAUUUAGGAAGUUUAUCCCCUUUCAUUUUCUUUGAAUUGUCUUUAUUGGGCACUAAAAUUCCAUUCACAUCACCACAGAUCAGUUUUUAAUCUUCCUGAAAAUCCGUAAGUGAUUGGAAUUUUUAAUAGAGUUUCUCUUUUGCAUCAUCUAUUGCAUAUAUUGUCGCCAAGAUAAGCAUCUUUCCAUUCAGAAAUCUUAUUUAAGAAUGAUUAAUUGUGCACCUGGGUUCCUCAAUUCUUCUGCAACAUUCAGGCUUUGAUUAUUGACAUAAAUCACAACCCCUGUCUUUUUAGUGCCAGCUAAAACUUCAUAUAUCCUGCCCAGUUUCUUGCAUUUUAACAUGUGAGCAUAUUUUUUCUUUAUAUGGGCUUCUUGAAUGCAUAUUACACCUACCUUUUCCCUUUUUUAGGCAAUUAAACACUUUGCCACUUUGAGAAGGGGAGGUCAGUCAGCUAAUGUCUAUUGACAGGAUGUUCAUGUUGGCUUUUUACUCUGAAGCUAUUGCUCAAUAUAAUUUCUUCUCCUGCUUAGUUGCAAAGUUAGUCUGUCAGGUUCUCCACCCUGUUCAGAGAGUAGGAUUCAUAAUCGUCCGCAUGAGUUUUGAGCCUCUUGAUCUUGCUGCUGAACAUCUCUAAUGCCAUUGUGUAUUUCUUCCUCUGCUUCUUGGUGUCACAGUUUGAUUCUGAAAUUACAAGAGAACAGCCUCUUCCAAAAUUCUGUAACAUAAAUAUUAAUUCAUUAGAGAAAAAUAAAGGGAGGAACAGGCAAUGAAUAAAAAAGUUUAAAAGAAAGACAAGAGAAAGCAUGGGGAGAAAGAAAAGAUAAAGUUAGCAUAUUUGGGGUAUGUAAAACUCCCAAGAGUGUUAGAUUAAUUCCACGUUAGUCAAUUGUUAAUUAUUGUUAGUCCAAUAUUAAUAUGAGUUAAUUUAUCCAGAAAGAGAUCACGUUUCUUUUCUGGUGACACUGACCAGUUCUCCAUGGAUCUGUGAGUCAGCUGAGCAAGCGUUCUUCUAAUCUUCGAGAUGCUUUCAGAUGAGUCUUCCCAAGUUCAUUUUUCCCAAAGACCAGCAGAUGGUACCAAUUGUACAAUAACACAAUCAUCAAAUUAGAGAAAAUUUAA